AUGCCUCUCAUCACAACCAUCCACGAGUCACUUCCCUACGUCGACCCAGAACCAACACCCGCCGAGCGCGCAGCAGCCGAAGCCCUCAUAGCCGCGGAACGCGCCGCCGUGCCCGACGACCCGCAGCACGCGCUUCUCCCUCCGCUGGCCGAGCCGGCCUUUACCCCGCUGCUCCAGGCCGAGCUCGACCGCAUCGCCAGCAACCCGUCGCAGCCGCCGCCGCUCAAGGCGAUCGACCUCAGCCGGUACGAGGCGCCGGACCUCGACCCCUCUACCGCUUCCGCUGCCGAGCUCGAGGCCGCCCUCCGCCAGGCCUACGUCUCGUCGACGUACCUCACCGCCCGGCGGCAGCACCUCGCCCUCCUCGACAGCCUGGGCAAGAACGCCUGGCUCGUCGGCAACUGGCAGCUGGACGCGGAGCUGAAAGCCCUGGAGGCGGAGGUGGCUGCCUCUAAGCGUGAGAUUGACCUUGUGACCAUUGCGCGCCGCCGACUACAAGACGAGAAUGGGGGCGAGAUUCGCAGUCUCGAGGAGACGUGGAAGCGAGGCGUCGGGAGGGUGCUCGAGACCGAAGUCGCUGCUGAGAGCGUUAGAAGGGAGGUGCUGGAGGCUAGGAAGAUUGCUAGCUAA